UUCUCUUUCUUUACUUUUUGUAUAGCUUGUUCUCAAAUAUCUUACACUUGUAGUCACUAUGUGCUUUCAGAUCUCAACUAUCACUACUAACACUCGGAGAGCACGCUAUGUACGUCGCAGGAAGGCCUGUCUGACAAACCUACGCCAUGUCCCUCUGACCUCUACUACUAUGCUCUCUAUUCCAGUUGGUCUCUGGAACUGCCAGUCUGCAGUUAACAAAGCAGACUUCAUUUCUUCUAUUGCUACUCAUUCCGGUCUCAACCUCAUGGCACUGACAGAGACUUGGAUCAAACCUGAAGAUACUGCCACCCCUGCAGCCCUCUCCACUAAUUUCACUUGUUCCCACACUCCUCGUACCACUGGGAGAGGUGGAGGUACGGGUCUCCUUAUAUCAAAAGAAUGGAUAUUUGAUCUUCAGCCAUCACCUACAGGUCAAUUGGGAAACUUCUUGGAGGAGUUGGAUGUGCUGCUAUCAAACUUUCCUGAAGAUGAUACUCCUCUGGUACUGCUUGGUGACUUCAGCAUCCACCUAGAUAAACCCCAGGCUGCUGACUUCAAAACUCUGCUCACCUCAUUUGAUCUCAGGCUAGUGUCUACUACAGCGACUCACAAAUCGGGCAACCAACUGGACCUCAUCUACACACGCUGUUGCUCUGUGGACACGUCUUCAGUUGCUCCACUGCACACCUCUGAUCACUUCCUCAUUACUGCUAACCUAGCACUUACUCCUGAAGUGGCACACACUCCAACGCAGGUCACCUUUCGACGGAACCUACGCUCACUCUCUCCAUCUCGCCUAUCUGCUGUGGUUUCAUCCUCUCUUCCACCACUCUCUCAGUUUUCUGCUCUUGACACGAACAGUGCUACGGACACUCUUUGCUCCACUUUAACAUCUUGCUUGGACAACUUUUGCCCACUGUUGUCUAGACCAGCACGCACUGCCCCAUCGCUCUAAACUCAGGGCUGCAGAGAGGAAAUGGCAGAAAUCAAAAAACUCUACGGACCUCAGUGUGUAUCAAUCUCUCCUCUCUUCCUUCUCUGCAAAUGUCUUCACAGCUAAAACAUCCUACUACCACAACAAAAUUAACAGCUGCAGUGAUGCUCGGACACUCUUCAAGACUUUCUCUUCUCUUCUUAAUCCGCCACCUCCACCUCCUCCAUCGACUCUUACAGCAGACGACUUUGCAGCUUUCUUCACAAAUAAGACAAGAUGCAUCAGUGACCAAUUCUCCACACCGCAGACUGAGGACAACUUCACAAUGACCGAUGCACACUCUUUAUCCUCCUCCUCACCACUCUCAGAGAUGGACGUCUCCAAAAUUCUCCUGUCCAAUCAUCCUACUACUUGUCCACUUGAUCCGAUCCCCACUCACCUCCUUCAAGCAAUCUCUUCUUCAGUCAUACCUUCACUUACUCUCAUUAUCAACUCCUCUCUUCACUCUGGAACAUUUCCCUUACCAUUCAAGCAGGCUCGGGUAAGCCCACUGCUCAAGAAACCAUCUCUAAAUCCAGCGCUUCUUGAAAACUACAGACCGGUAUCCCUUCUUCCAUUCAUUGCAAAGACACUUGAGCGAGCUCUGUUCAACCAGCUUUCUAUGUUCCUUGGACAGAACAACCUCCUGGACAGCAACCAAUCUGGCUUCAAAAGUGGUCACUCAACUGAGACUGCUCUGCUCUCGCUUACUGAAGCCCUACGACUAGCAAGAGCAGCUUCAAAAUCCUCGGUACUCAUCUUACUGGACCUGUCUGCUGCUUUUGACACUGUUAAUCACCAGAUUCUCCUGUCCACCCUCAGAAAGAUGGGCAUCUCUGGAACUGCUCUCCUGUUGGUUAAUUCCUACCUCUCUGACAGAUCCUUCAGUGUGUCUUGGAGGGGUGAUGUUUCUAAGUCACACCACCUUGCUACUGGGGUUCCUCAAGGCUCAGUACUUGGACCACUUCUCUUCUCCAUCUACAUGACAUCUUUAGGAUCUGUCAUUCAGAAGCAUGGCUUUUCUUAUCACUGCUACCCUUGUGAAAAAAAAUGCACUUUAGUGUACUUUUAUAAAGUGUACUUAUUAUACAAAUAAUAUACUUUAAAUUUAUACACUUAAGUGUAACUCAAAUGCAAUGUUUUCACCGGUCUGAAUGCACAUUAAGUAUAAUUGAUUUAAAAUAUAUCACAUAUCAAGUUGAAAUAAAAUGCAAUAAGUUGUCAUUAAGAGUGAUUUUUUGGUACAACUUAAAUGGCACUUUAAUACAACUUUAUAUUUACUUUCAUAAUUGCUUUUAGUGUGUUUAAAAUGGAUUUAAAGUGCACUGUUCAAUGAACUGACAAGCAAUUAAUGUGAACUAAAAUAUACUUUAAUGUCAAAUAAAAAUACACUUAAAUGUAAAUUAUAU